AUGAUCCAAUGGACGAAACAGUUGAAUACCGCAUUCGGAGUUUCGUUUCUUUGGCUAAUUUGCUUGAUUUACUUCACCCAGGGUUUUAGGUCUUUUGUGUGGACAGCUAUUUCGUAUCAGCUUAAAGAUAAUCUUCAUUUGACACCUUCAGCUUCGCAAUUUGUGUUUUCUGUUGCAUUUUUUCCAUGGAGUAUUAAGCCAUUAUAUGGGAUACUUUCUGAUUGUAUCCCAAUUAAAGGAAGUAAACGGAUUUCGUACUUGGUGAUUGCGACUGUGCUCUCCCUUGUACCAUGGUUUAUUCUAGGUUUAAGUUCAACUUUGAGGAAUUCGACAUGGCAUCUGAUGGUAUUCUUGACUGUGCAAAACUUAGGAUCAGCCAUGGCGGAUGUUGUUGUUGAUGCAAUGGUAGCUGAAGCUGUAAGACAUGACAAGGCCUCAUUUGCAGGAGACCUCCAGUCAUUAUCUUGGUCUUCAAUGGCCGUGGGAGGAAUAUGUGGAAGUUUAUUUGGGGGAUUCGCGUUAUCAAGUUUACCGAUAGAUGCUAUUUUUCUUCUAUUUUCCAUACUACCUUGCAUACAGUUAUUAUCAUGCUGUUUCGUGAAGGAGAAUUCUGUAAAUAUCGAAGAUUUAGUUGAGGAUUCUACUGCAAAGGAUAUGCAAACAAAUGGUAGUAGUAAUAGUAGGGCCCUGGAUGAAGAUAGUCCUUUAACUAAAAAGUCCAACAGCAGUACAAGAAAAAGAAAGAAGGGAAAAAAGAACACAAAAAUUAAAGCAGUAAAUACCAGAAAAUCAAAGGUUCUUCAUAAAGGAGACUCAUUGGCGACAAAGUCGUUCCAUUCCUUGAAACAAGCAAUUUAUGAUUUGUGUCGUGCAUUUCGACAACCAAUGAUUUUGAGACCUAUGUCUUGGUUUUUCCUUGCCCACAUUACCAUUCCCAAUCUUUCAACAGUCUUAUUCUACUACGAAACUGAGGUUCUAAAGCUCGAAGCAUCUUUCUUAGGGACAGCACGUGUUGUUGGGUGGUUAGGACUUAUGCUUGGAACAUUCACUUAUAACCGUCACCUAAAGCAUAUGACCCUACGGAGAAUUCUCAUGUACGCUCAUGUUGCGUUGGCCUUCUUGAAUCUUCUGCAGAUUGCUGUUGUGUCUAGAAAAAAUAUUGACUUUGGAGUUUCAGACAGGGUUAUGGUGCUCUUUGGCUCAGCUCUUGUUGAUGCAAUCAAUCAAUUCAAGUUUAUGCCAUUCCUGAUCUUAUCUGGACGACUAUGCCCUCCAGGAAUUGAAGGGACAUUAUUUGCUCUUUUCAUGUCAAUAAACAACUUGGGAACAACAAUAGGGUCUUUUGUAGGUGCUGGCUUGGCUUCUAUAUUAAACAUAGAUUCAGGAUCUUUUGACAAUCUUCUAUUAGGCAUUGUUAUUCAUGCUUUGUGCAAUUUCAUUCCAAUUGCCUUUUUGUUUCUUAUACCAAAGGAAGCAACAGGUUCAUCAGGAUAG